AUGGUAUCUCGGAGAGGCAAUUGGCUAGUGCUAGCAGGUGAAGAAGAUGAGUCAUACUGUUUGCAUUCAACCUCAUCACUUUUUCUUUCAUUCUUUCUUUUUAUCCAUCCAUUUUUUUCUUUUUUACCCAUUCACUAUUUCUAUUUGUUUUAUUCUUCAUUCCUGUCUGCAUUUCUUCAAUUUUUUUGGCCAACAUUUUCUCUUGUUUUCUCUUUUUCUUUCUUUACUUCAUUUAGUCUUUCUUUUUCACCUAACUUUCUUUUGUUUACUCUUCUUUUAAAACCUUUUUCUCAUUCUUUUUCUCUCUUCUUCAUCUCUAGUAUUCUUUAUUCUCUUUACAUACUUUACAGCUUUCUUUUUCACUCUUUUUUUCUAGUCUUAUACUCAUACUCUUUUUACCUCAUCCUCUUUUUAUCUCACUUUUUUUCUUUUCUCAAUUUAUUAGUUCUUAGUGCACUUUCCAUGUUUAUUUUCAACUAA